UUAAGUCAGAAACUUCUAUAUUAAUAACUUGGGAUCCCUGCUUUAUUUCGGGUGAAGACACUUCAAAGUCAAGCAUCUCUGAAAGCCAAGGCGAUACAUCCUUGAAUAUUAACCAAUCGAAUCUUUUGUAUGUUCUUGAGAGAGCGCAAGGAUUUAGUUCAAACGAUGAGACUGACUUUAAUAACCAUUCGAAAUUUGAAAUUGUUGAGGAGUAUUAUGGGCCCCAUCAUGAGCACCUCGCGGUCGCGCUCAAGCCCGAUGUAUGCUAUAAGUUCCGCGUAAAGGCUGAAAAUACUUAUGGCUCCGGGAAAUUUAGUGACUGGUCGGACACAGUUAUCCCCGAAGCUGUGGCACCGGAACCCCCAGAAGACGACCAUAAUACUCCCAUUAAGGACAGCAGGCCGCACUGUCCUUUUUAUAUGGCGGGAUACUGCCACUCCGGAAAAAAAUGCAAGUUCUCACAUGGCACAGGUGUGAUGGACGAAAACGAUAUUGCCGUUGCUAUGCUUGCCGCACGGAUUAACAGAAAUCCUCAAGCCGAGCUGGCCCUCGCUAUUGCUGCGUCGCUGUUAGAAAAGUCGAGCCAUGAAGUUAAUAAAGUUCAUUUAUCGCAGCAGAAACGAACGUUUCAUGAAAAAGUUUGUUUAUUGAGAUCAACAUUACGAAUGUCAAAAGGCGAAGUCCAUUUGACGGUCGACCGCAACGCGCUCUUCGCUACUUCCUUUCUUGAAAUAAUGUACAGGCCAAAAAAAGAACUUAAAAAAAAGUUAUUUGUUCAUUUUAAAGGAGAAGGCGGAUUGGAUUACGGCGGCCUGGCUCGCGAGUGGUUUUAUCUACUUUCCCACGAGUUGUUCACCCCAAAGCGCGGACUUUUUGAAUUUUCUGAUCAUCAAUCUUAUUUGUUACAAAUAGCUAAUAACUUUUCAGUGGAUAUAUAUAUGAAAGAAGCAGAAGAUUUAGAAUGUUUAUUAAACGAAAAGAAUAAUAAUAACAAUAACAAUACUGCUAAUAAUAACAACAAUAACAGUAAUAAUAAUGAUGAUGACAAUAAAUUAAACAAAUCGCCUUCGCAAGAAUUGUCACCAUCCAAUCGACUUGAUGCCUCUUUGUCAGUAACCAAUGAAGACGUUUCUAACGAACCGCAUUUGUCACUGGCUGAGUUGCGCUCCAAAAUGGAUUCGCGUUAUUACUUGUUUUUGGGGAGAGUUUUGGGGCUUGCAGUUUUUCAUAACCACUUUGUUGAUGCCGUCUUUGUUAAUACUUUUUAUCGCUGCUUAGGAGGGUUCCCAAUUACUCUUCGUGAUAUUGAAAAACUUGAUGAGCAACUACAUCGAAGUUUAUUAUGGCUCUUGGAAAACAAUGGCGUGGAAGAACUAAAUAUGCGGUUUACUAUAGAUGUCGUGGUCAACGAACGCGUGCGUUCCGUGGAGCUCCUCCCUGGGGGCCGUAAUAAACUCGUCACGGAUUUAAAUAAAGAAGAGUACGUGAGUUGUUUAAUAGAUUGGCGCGUUCAUCGAGAAACAAAAGCUCAGCUCUCCGCUUUGAAAUCCGGCUUUCAUGAAUUUAUUCCGGAAGCUAAGUUAAAAAAAUUUUCUGAACAAGAAAUAGAGUACUUGAUCUCUGGCGAGGCCAAAAUUGAUACGGACGACUGGGAAAAAAAUACUAUUUAUAAAAACUGCGACCGAGAGGCUACUAUUGUCACGUGGUUUUGGCAGCUUAUUACUGGUGGAGACGAAAAAUUUAGAUAUAAAGUUUUGCAGUUUGUAACUGGCACGCAACGCAUACCAACUGAAGGCUUCCAAGCGCUGCAAGGCUCAGAUGGGCCUCGAAAAUUUUGUAUACAACGCACCGCAGAUGUUCAUAAACUCCCUUCCAGCCACACGUGUUUUAAUAGGUUGGACCUUCCCGAUUACGAAUCCUUUGAGGAGUUGAAAAUGAAACUCGAGCUGGCCGUCAGCGGCUUUCAGGGGUUUUCGGAUGAAAAAUAGAAAUCUUAAAAUUUAGGUGGG